GUGUGAAGGCUCCUCUCGGGCACCGCGGGCUGCAGGACUGCUCUCACGCUGAUCCUCGUCUUUUAUUUCUCCCCCCAGGCCAGCAUGGUGCACUCGUUGAUCGAGGCGUAUUCCUUGCUCGACCACAUGAUGAUAAUCAAGCCUAAAGUGGCUUCCAUGGAGGAGAUGGCAAGCUUCCACACAGAUGCUUACCUGCAGCACCUGCAGAAGGUCAGUGAGGAGGGGGAUGAUGACCACCCAGAGUCUGUGGAGUAUGGAUUGGGUUACGACUGUCCAGCUACUGAAGGGAUCUUUGACUACGCAGCGGCCGUGGGGGGAGCCACCAUCACUGCAGCCCAGUGCCUGCUGGAUGGCAAGUGCAAGGUAGCAAUUAACUGGCCUGGAGGGUGGCAUCACGCAAAGAAAGAUGAAGCUUCUGGCUUUUGUUACCUGAACGAUGCUGUCCUGGGGAUCCUGCGACUGCGCCAGAAAUUUGACCGCAUCCUUUAUAUUGAUUUGGAUUUGCAUCAUGGGGAUGGUGUUGAAGAUGCCUUUAGCUUCACCUCGAAGGUCAUGACUGUUUCUCUGCACAAGUUUUCGCCAGGAUUUUUCCCAGGCACAGGAGAUGUGACAGAUGUUGGCCUGGGGAAAGGUCGCUAUUACAGUGUGAAUGUGCCUAUUCAAGAUGGCAUUCAAGAUGAGAAAUAUUACCAGAUCUGUGAAACCGUGCUGAAGGAGGUGUAUGCUGCCUUCAACCCUGAGGCAGUGGUGCUACAACUGGGGGCUGACACCAUUGCUGGAGACCCCAUGUGCUCUUUCAACAUGACACCCGAGGGAGUGGGCAAGUGCCUGAAGUACGUCCUGCAGUGGCAGCUGGCAACUCUCAUCCUGGGAGGAGGAGGCUACAACCUUGCCAACACAGCCCGCUGCUGGACGUACUUGACUGGGGUCAUCCUUGGCAGAACUCUGUCCUCUGAGAUCCCUGAUCAUGAGUUCUUCACAGAGUAUGGUCCUGACUACGUCCUGGAGAUCACACCCAGUUGCAGACCGGACCGCAAUGAGCCACAGAGAAUUCAAGAAAUUCUCAACUUGAUCAAAGGCAAUCUGAAGCACGUGGUGUAGCGGAGAAGGGAAGGCUCGGGUUCCUGUAACAGCAUUACUCUGUUGGAGAGACGUUUCCAGAGCAGCUGAUGACAUUUUUGGCUGCAGGAGGAAUAUGAAGAGGUUACUGUUGGUUCGUUGGUGAAUCUGUUUCUCUUUAAAAAAGCAAAGCCUGCUGUGUGCCAUGGAUCUCCAUGGGUGGGAGAAUGAGCCCUCCAGCCACAGGUUUCCCAUGCCAGCAGAGCCUCUCUUGCUCAUUUCUCUUCCCCUUUUUAACAUGGUUAAAGUUUAUUCUCACAACUGGUUUUAAAUGUUUUUUAAGAGAGAGGCUGCAACUGCAAGCUGUGUUUUAAACUGGUGGGCAUUUUUUUUUCCACAUAAAAUAUUUGAAAUACUCCA